AUGUGGCCAACACAGGUCAUUAGCACGCUCUGCCUCCUGGCAGUGGCCAGGGCAGCUGAGGUCAAGAAGCCAGCCACGGGCAAGGCAGGGGAGGUGAAGUUCAGCGAGAAGGCGACCACCUUGGCCAAGCAGAGCACCAACCUGGCCUUCAACCUCUACCACACCAUGGUCCAGGACAAGGGGGUGGAAAUGAUCUUGCUGUCCCCUGUGGUCGUGGCUUUGUCCCUGGGACUGGUGUCCCUUGGCGGGAAGGCGACCAUGGCUUCUCAGGCCAGGGCAGUGCUUAGUGCUGACAAGCUCCACAAUGAUGAUGUGCACACAGGCCUGGAAGAGCUGCUCGCCUCUAUCAGCAACUCCACGGCCUUCAAUGUGACAUGCAACCACCUCUAUGGGCCCAGCUUGGUCAGCUUUGUGGAUGACUUUGUCCAGAGCAGCAAGAAACACUACAAUUACAAGCACUCCAAGAUCAACUUCUGGGACAAGCGAAGUGCCCUGCAGGCCAUCAAUGAGUGGGCCUCCCAGACCACGGAUGGCAAGCUGCCCGAGGUCACCAAGGAUGUAGAGAAGACCGAUGGCACCCUCAUUGUCAAUGCCACGUUCUCCAAGCCUCCCUGGGAUGAAAAAUUCUACCAUAAGAUGGUUGACAAUCAUGGUUUCAUGGUGACCCACUCCUACACGGUUGGAGUGCUCAUGAUGCACUGCACAGGCUUCUACAACUACUAUGAUGAUAAGACAGAAAAACUCCAGAUGGUUGAGAUGCCCCUGGCCUAUAAACUCUCAAGCUUCAUCAUCAUUAUGUCCCACCAUGUGGAGCCCCUGGAAAGGCUGGAAAAACUCCUGACCAAGGAGCAGCUCAAGAUCUGGAUGGACAAGAUAAAGAAGAGAGCUGUGGCCAUCUCCCUGCCCAAGGGAGUCAUGGAGGUGACCCAUGACCUCCAGAAACAUCUGGCUGACCUGGGCCUGAUAGAGACCAUUGACAAGAACAAGGCAGACCUGUCUAGAAUGUCAGGCAAGAAAGACCUGUACCUAGCCAGUGUCUUCCAUGCCACAGCCUUUGAGUGGUACAUGGACAGCAAUCCCUUUGACCAGGACAUAUAAGGGCGGGAGGAGCUGCAGAGCCCCAAGCUCUUCUACACUGACUACCUCUUCAUCUUCCUGGUCAAGGAUUCCCAGAGCAGCUCCCUGAUCUUCAUUGGCCUCCUGGUCCAGCCCAAGGGUGACAAGAUGUGUAAUGGGGGGAGGGGUUGGAUGGGGGGGGGAGAACUCAAUGGGCGCUAUUUUGGCCAGCUGGGGCUGGGUUAG